AUGCAGUUGAAAGCAUCCAAGGGAACUACUGUCACAGGUGAAUCAUCAGGAAUUGGGGAGGUACUGUACAUUCCAAUCUCCAACAAUUUCAGUUUGAUGCAUGCAUUUUCCAUGUCUUCGGCACCUUUCUCUUCGGCCUUCCUUGCUGUAUAUUAUUGCAUUUUCCAUCUGGUUUUGAGUCUUUCAACGUCUACCUUUUAUGAUACAAAUACGAGUAGAAAUCCAAUCAGUCUCUUUGUAGUGGACCAUCUCGUCAACAAUGCAGGAAUUGCUUCUAUGUGCCUGAUUGAAACUGCUAUUGAUAUUACAGAAUUUGAGCCGGUUAUCGUAAUUUUUAAGAUUCUGGCAAGCAAAGCAGCAUUGCUCAGCAUCUACGAGACAAUGAGAGCUGAACUGGCUCCAGAAAUCUCCAUAACUACUGCAACUCUUGGUGUUAUAGAGCCAGAGAUGUCCAAAGGGAAGUACCUCGACAGAGAAGGAAUCACUCAAGUAAACUCAGAUUCGGCAAGUGUAAGAUACCUGGACCUAAUAAAGAUGUCAAAUUUCUUUUCAAAUGUAAACGGUGGUUGCGGAUGUUUGCAGACUUUUAUUAAUCAGCUGCCAGUCAUGAGUACUAGUGCUUGUGCAAAAUCAAUUGUGGUUGCAAUAUGCAGGAAAGAAAGAUAUGUGACAGAACCAAAAUGGCGGCGAGUUUUCUUCCUCUUGAAAACCUUCUGUCCUGAACUAGUUGAGUUUGCUAACCACAUGUACUGCUUGCAAAUGAAAGCCUGGUUAGCUAAAAAAUCUUCCUUGCCACCGUCAGAACAUAAAACAGACAAGCUGCAGAAUUAUUAAAAAAAAAAAAAAAAGAGGGCUGCAACAUCUGGCUGUAGUCCACAAUGACUAAAUUUCUGAUGGUACUUUAAGGUCAUUUCCAUCUCGGAAAGGUGAAGACUGAGUCGUGUUCUGAAACUCUAACCUCCAACGCUACCAAGCUCCAAAUUAGCACAUGUAAUAAUACCAGUGAUUCUAGAUGGUAUUCACCUAAUAUUGAAUAAUUGACUGUGUGUGUAAGACACAUCAAUUCUCUUUCCUGCGAAAUGUAAGUCAAAAAACUGUUUGGCCAGUGACAAACAAAACCAUUCUGAUAUUUGAGGUUUGUGUAAUGGUGAUGAGAUUAAGCAAGAGACAAAAAAAAUAUGGAACUGUGUGAUGACACAAAACCUAUUGUAUGGCUUAGAGCUUCAUGAGGUGAAAAUUCUAAAGAGAAAAAUACCAUUAGUACUUCAGUAUGGGUCAUUACCCUAUCCUGAAACUGCCAAGUUUUUAAAUAUGAUGUAUAUGUUUACAUGUUGCAUUGGUACUUCAAGAUUGAUUGUUUUAGGCACCAAAGUUUCAUAUUCCACUCAUAUUAUUUAACCCUCCUAUUUGUCUGAGCUUGAACAUAAACAGCACGCAUCUCUACGCAACAAUUGUGCAACUUAUGCGAAAUUUCUGGUACUGAAGCCAUGAUUCAGCUCAUGACAUCAUAAAGAUACAAAAUUCAAUGUUAAAGAUACAGUACUAAGUAAAAGAUUUUUUUUUUUUUUUAAAACCCAACUGCAAGUAAAUACACAAACCUGUACUGAAGAAAUGAAAACUCUCCAAGUACAAACUUUGCAAAGAGCUAAUUUCCAACAAUGAACCAUUCACAAAAAAACUGAAAUACAAAAUAAAAUUGGGAAGGACCACGACAACAGCAAAUUUAGAGCAACAUUAAUGGAGAUAAAAUUUGCUAACAUGCAAAACCACAAUCUCAACACAGAAAAGCCUGAUUUUGCAAAAGGAUAGGUUUAAGCUAGAAGCCCACAAAUGUAGAAGGUCUAACUUCACUAAUCACCAAAAGAAGUGGUUUACCAAAACACAUCCAACCGGAGGGACUGAAGCUUUGACCACGUAUAAAAAUCAGGAAAUCCCAAAUCAAGGUUGAAUUUUGUUCAUGUCGUAUUUGACGACAUGCCAAAAGGAAUCUUAACGACAGUUAUCUCAACCCAAAAAUCAAAAAAUUGACUGACAAUUAAAUCAUCUGAAGCAAAACUUUAGCUCCCAAUUGAACACACUCAACGAAUGAACAGAUAAAAUGAGUGAAAAAACAGAGUGGAAGGCUCAGAUUUGUGUAAUUGAAUCAGGCAAAGAAAAUGUGACACCGCCAUGGCUGCAAACUCCGGUUGCUGCGUGUAAGGAAGAAAAGCCAACCUCUGGCACCCUUACCACAACGCCAUCCGGGUUGCCCCGCCAAGAUACGGGUCAGCAUGCCUCAAAGCCUGACUUGCUCCGAGAAUUUAACAAGACGAAGAUCGUCACAGCCUUAUUCUUCUACUCAGGAUCUUCCAAAGGAUUAGGGGGCGCUUGAUAAAGGUAUGGAGUAGAACUAGAAUCAUCAGAAUCAGUAGUAGUACUCCACAGAAACAGCUCAGGGGAGGUUUAUGAAAUUAUCCCAGAAAACAGCAAAAGAAAGACUAAAGAUUAAAGGGUUGUUGGUUAUUAUCAUUUUCUUUCAAGAAAAUGAAAAAAAGAAGUCAUGGGCAGAACGGAGAGGGGCAACCACCCUUACAGAAUUCCCAUCUUUCUCCAUUGCCUCGUUCUUAGCCUCCCGGAGCAGACACCUUGGCGUCAAAUUAACUCUUUCUUUGGGUGAGUACUUGGGUUUUAAAGGGUUUUUCCUUUUUGGGUCAAAUUAAUUACCUGGCACGGUUUGUUACCCGAGUUGGUUUGACUUUGAUGGACUAAGAGCGUAAU